GGCCACUACGGACACGAGGCCCACCGACCCUUGAGUAUAUAAGCGCGCCGAUCGACGAGGUGGAGGCACCGGCGAGAUGGGGGUUUUGCGGAGCACGGUGAGCUUGGAGGCGGAGAUCGAGGAGAUGCGGGCGGCGCUGCAGCGGAGCGGAGAGAGCGCCAAGGCCGCCGCGCGGAAGGCCGGACCGGGGGGAUUCCGGCUGAGGGUCCAUGGCGGCGAGAAUGGCGGCGACGAGAGGAUGGUGUGCGUCACCGGCGGGAUAUCCUUCGUCGGCUUCGCCAUCGUGAACCGCCUCCUGGAUCGCGGCUACACCGUCCGCCUCGCCCUCGAAACGCAAGAGGACCUGGACAAGUUGCGGGAGACGGAGAUGUUUGGGGAGAUGGGGAGGGACGGAGUUUGGGCUGUGAUAGCUAACGUGAUGGACUUGGAAAGCUUGUGCCAUGCGUUCGACGGGUGCACUGGCGUGUUCCACACCUCCAGCGUCGUCGAUCCGGCAGGCCUCUCUGGCUACACGAAGCACAUGGCAGACAUAGAAGUUAGAGCAGCAGAACUUGUGAUCGAAGCCUGUGUGAGAACCCAAUCGGUCAAAAGAUGUGUUUUCACUUCGUCUCUUUUAGCUUGCGUUUGGCGAGUGAAUACCACUCUGCAGAACCGCCGCUACCCAACCAUUGUCGACGAGAACUGCUGGAGCGAUCAAAGUGUCUGUUGCGAUAAAAAGCUAUGGUAUGCGCUGGGCAAGAUGAUGGCGGAGAAAGCAGCUUGGAGGGCGGCACGAGGAAGGGACGUGAAGCUAGUGACUGUUUGUCCAGCCCUGGUCAUUGGGCCUGGUAUUCACCAACGAAACGCUACUAGUUCGAUCGCGUACCUGAAAGGUGCUCUGGACUUGUUCAGAGAAGGAUUGCUCGCUACUGUGAACGUGGAGAAGGUAGCAGAGGCUCAUGUAUCAGUGUAUGAUGGGAUGAGCAGCACUGCAUGCGGGCGAUACAUAUGCUAUGAUCGUGUCAUCCGAAGGGGGGAAGAGGCUGCAGAAUUAGAGCGGCAACUUGGUCUCCCAAACAGAAUUCCAAGGGAUGCACAGGCCGACAACCUGACUUGGUUCGAGCUCUCCAACAGGAAACUUUCCAGGCUAUUAUCUUCCAGGAGGAGAUGCACAUACGAUACAUAUUUACUCUCGCAGGAUUAGGUUUAGGUUUCUUGGACCUUCGGAAAAUUGUCAUGUUACAAGUCAGAGUGCAUGGUGUCUGGUGUGUGAGAUUGCCGAUCCAACAAGAAAUCUUUGUACAGAAGUUAGAAAAAUAAAGUGUACAAAUGAUGCAAAUCCAAGCGGUCAGUUUUGGUCUAGGGCAUCAGAAAUCUAAAGUUUCUGUCA